AUGCGCUUCUUCAACGUCCCUAUCUUUGUGGCCCUGCUAGGUCUGACCGAGGCGGCCCCUAAGCCGAAGAGCCGCCAGACAGAGCAUCAUACUUCUACCAAAGUCUCCUAUCAGACCGACCUAGCUCUCGAACCCUAUCACGGCCAUGUCCCGACGGUUACUGUCACACGGACUCAGACCCUAGCCCCGAUCAUUAUCAUUUAUACCUCCUAUCCGACCGUGACGAAGACUCCAGCGGUAGUCACCGAUACUAAGACUAAAUGUGUGAAAUCGACCACCUCAGUCACUGCUACAGCCAACACUGAUACGGUUUGCGUUACGUCGACUGAGUUUGACACGACGACGUGGACUUAUACUCCGCCGACGGUCACCGAUACCGUCUACACGGAGACCACUAUCACAACUACGUCGACCUCGAGCAUCCCAACUGCAUAUGGAUUUGUCCCAGUUGACUUCCGAUACCCUAAGUCUGUUAGGUGCAUACAUGAAGUGUUUAUAGAAGUCAUCAUCAUCGAAAUCAUCAUCGGCCCCCCUGUGACCAAGUGGCUGCCCGCCCAUACAACUUUAGCCACUAAGACCGACACCUUCUCUGUCACCUCAACCAUCGUUCCUCCCGAUGUCUCGGCCACCGUCACCGAUACUAUCACCUCGACCAUCUGCGUCGGCACCACCUUGCCUGCUGAGACUGACACAGUCACCAGUACCAACACCGCCACCGCUUCGGUCGUGAGCUCUGCCUACGACGCCUGUGCCACGAACAACAUUGCCAUCUCCCCAUUCUCAUCUGACUACGGCAGUUUCGCUGGCCAAGGCGUAGUUCAGAUCUUCGGCACCGCCUUGACUGCUGUACAGGGCAAUAGCCCUUACGACUGUUGUGUUAGUUGUAUCCAGGAUGGCAACUGUGCUGUAGCUAGUUACGAUUACGACACAUGCUAUCAUGUCGGGGUGAACAGCUGCGACCCGUCCGAGAACCAGUUUACGGUCAUUAUUUCGGCUCUAGGGUCCUAUGAUUACAGCUUGUCGAACGGCGCCUGUGGGUAUGUUGUUGGAGAAGAGAUAUACUUACGACGGGUGAGCUGA